AUGGAAGGAAAGAACUGUUUCAGGAGAAAGUGGUCACAGAUCCCACUGUAUAGCGGUGGGAACAUCGCCUCGCUGCUGCUGCCUUCUUUACCCACAGCCACUUCUUCGUACUCUUCUUCAACUUCACCGAAAAGAGAAGAGUGUCUUGUAACAGCGUGUGGUGACACUGUGAAUGUCCUCUUGGCAAACACCGGCGAUUUACUUGCGUCAUAUACGCUUCCCGUAGAGGAUGUUAUUCUUCGUAUUGAUGCCGUUACUGUCGCACCAACAGAAACCUCCAGUAUUGAUGUUACCACUACUAGUGGUAGAAAAAGUGGCGAAAAUACCAACGCUAAUAUGAAAAAGAAUAAUAACAAGAAUGGUAAGAAGACUAAGAAGGAAGUUGAAGAACCACCAGCUGAAAUUGAGAACAAGUCGAAAGUUCCUCAUGGAAGUUAUAUUGCUGUGGGUACGCGUGCUCUACAGAUAUAUGUCCUUCGACUAGAUCGCAUUAUUGGAGAAAAGGAAAAUGUAGAUGAUAAGGAUAAUAAUGAGGAGAAUAUUAAAGAACUGACAUCGUUUUCAGAUUCUAAUGCUGCUGAUAGUGAUGGUUAUUCGUGUAUUUUAACUCCACUACGUAGCUGGACGGCGUCACAACAAGCUAUUUCAGUCGUUCAGUUCACUUUUGAUGGUCGUUUUCUUGUUUCUGGUUCAACAGAUGGAGGAGUAAAAGUAUGGGAUAUCUUUAAUCAUCAUCUUACACAUAAUUUACGUCUUCCAUCUUCUAGUCUUGUACACUCUAUUUAUGUGGACCCUGCAGAAAAAUAUCUUUGUGUUGGGAGUUUUGAAGGUCAUGUCGCAGUCUUUGAUUUUAUUUCCAAAACAAUCAUCGCUUUUGGUCGUCCCCAUGUUUCAGCAGUUGAAGCUUUAACUCUAACACCUGAUAAUGAAUACCUGUUUUCUAUCGCGCGUGACCGAAAACUUGCCAUUUGCACACUUUCUUCAUCGGAAUUGAAACAAGUACGCAGUGUUGUUGUGAGAGAGCAUGUUUCAAGUGCUAUAUUUGAGUCACCAUUUCGUCUACAUAUUGGUGCAAUGGACGGAACAGUAUCUACAUACAGUGCAAGUGUUACGGAAUCUCUUCGACUCGUGCGUAGACUACAGCGAUCUUCUUCUAAUACGACUACUUCUACUGAUAAUGAUGAUACUUUCAGUGAAGAGUUGACUGUUCGAAGCUUAUUGCUCGCACACAGUCCUAAAGGAACACAUGAAGAAGAUCUUUUGCAUGGUCUAUUGGAUGAUGACAGUCGUGCAUCACUUUACGCUGCAGAUGCUGCCUUUAACAUUGCCCUCCUUAUUCCCGACGAGGAGACCAAUAGGUACAAUUCAACUACAACAUUAGUAGGUUUCCUAGACCAGGUUCUGGAUGUUAAGGUAUUUCCACCUGAAUUUCCAUUUCAACGGGUUGUUGUUACGAACAGUAAAGAGGUUCGAUGUUACAACUCUAGUGGUUGUCUUUCCCCAAAGACACUUCAUGGACAUGGUGAUAUUGUUUUGACAUGUGCCAUAUCCGCAGAUGCUUCUUUGAUUGCUACAGCAGGAAAAGAAUCUGAAAUUCGGUUUUGGUCCACUACUACUUGGGAUACUAUUGCAAUUGGUCAAGGUGGUCAUACUGCUGAUAUUACUUCUAUCGCUUUCAAUACAAAACAAUCUGAAAGCUAUAUGUUACUUUUCUCUGUCAGUUCUGAUGAGAAUUUACGACUCUGGGAUGUUGGAAUGCAUGUUAUUCCUAAUUUAUUAACAUCAUCAACAUCUUCAACUCCUGUUAUUUUUACACAUCGUUCUGGUAUAAAUGCUGCUCAUGAAGGAAUUAUUUAUACGAUGGCUGUGGCCCCUAAUGAUCAGUAUGUGGCAACUGCUGGAAAGGAUAAAAAUAUUAAUUUGUGGACCAUUACAGGUAAAAAAAUUUACCGAGAUGCAUCAUUAAAAGGACAUCGUCGUGCUGUAUCAUCACUUGCCUUUUCUCCAGCCGAUCGAGUAUUAGCCUCAGCUUCUAAUGAUGGGAGUGUUCGUUUAUGGUCCCUUGUCUCGUUAACUUGUGUGAAGACGCUUCAGGUGGAUCGUACUCCAGUGUUGCAAGUGGCUUUCUUUAACGCUGGUACACAACUUGUAACAGGUAAUGCAGAAGGUGUUCUUCGUGUUUGGGCUAUUGGAGCAUCGGAAGCCGUUUGGUCGGGUGAAACACAUGAUGAUAAGAUCUGGGCCUUAUCGGUUGUGGAGAAAGAUGAUGCUUCUGUCGUUUUUCUCUCUGGUUCUGCCGAUGGAGUGCUGGUGGCCACAGAAGACUACACCGCUGAGGAGGCUGAUCGUGUGCGUAACGAACGGCAUGAAAUGAUUCUUAAGGAACAGGAACUGGCUAAUGCGAUGCGUAAAGGUCAAUAUACAGAGGCCUUUCUGCUUGCACUCCGUCUGAAUCAUCCACGUAAUCUGCGACAAGUUAUUGUGCGUUGGUCGGUGAAAGAUCCACAGGAGUGUGAAACGUCACUGCGCCAGACUAUUCUUCCUUCCCUUAAUGAAGAGCAAUUAUUGCGGCUUCUUCAAUUUACACGGGAGUGGAUCACUAACGCACGUCACUCCGGUGUCGCGAGUCUUGUCAUGCACUGCGUGUUGGCAGCACAUCACUUUACAACGUUAGCAUCUAUGCCGGCAAUUCGAACUAUUCUCGAGGCGCUGUUAGCGUACAUGCAACGUCACAGUCAGCGCCUUCAUGAGACAUUGCGACGAACGUAUUAUAUUGACUACGUUACACGAUCGCUUGGACCAGCAACACUUACAAGUAAACCGCCAUUUAUUCCUGCAUCUGAAUCUCUCUCUGUUGUUAACGCAGCUACCACAACUAUGGAUAGUACUACUACUACUACUACUACUACUACUAAUAGUAAUAGUAGUAGUAGCACCACAGCACGUGAAGCAGGAACGAAGAGACCGCGCGUCGAGGUUGCUUGA